ACCAUAAAUCUCUUUGACCAUGGUGGAGAGGUGAAAAAGCGCCCCAUCAUUGCCGGCAGAGAGAAGGAUGAGCUUCCUGAAUGGAACAAACGGUACUGUACUUAUUCAAUACAGAUCACUCAUGUAUUCUGAGAUCAGUUAAUAUAACAUGUAAAUGUUACGUUUAGCUAGUUAGUAAUUUAAUGUAUUUCAUCAUGUCAGAGAGGGAACAUUGACUGGAGGAGUUGAUCAUUUCUUAGAGCUUGGACUUGCCAGAACUCGCUUUAUUCAGUGUUGAUGUUCUCAGCUCCCAGUAGCUCUGCUUGCGCAGUGUGCACAGGCACAUGAACAUCUGUAUGCUGACUUAAUGUAAUUCCCCAGGUUGUAUCUUGGUUCGUUCCACAAAAUGACUGCCUUUAAGUAGAAAUUGUGCACCAAUGUUGACUUUUAAAAGCCUGUUAUAUUGAAUGAAGUGCCCUUUAAUAUAGACCACAUGAAGUCAGAUUUAUUUAUUUUUUAAAUCUGAUUUUGUAUAUGAAUAAAUACUUUUUGACAUCCCUCUGUGAUUUCUAGGUAGAUUUUAACCCACUUAAACCCAAGAUUUCUCAAAAUGUUCACCAUCAUUGUAAAGCCCUAGUUAUAUUGCUGCUUUGAGAAAGUCAUUUCUGAAGAUUAUUAUUUAUUUCAUGUGAUUAGUGAUUCACAUAUGUCUGUCCCUCAUUUUAAGGUCAACCAUGUUAUGUGAACUGAACUGUCGUUUUAAUAUGUCACAAGGGGAAUUAUGGCUGAUUUAAGAUGAAAUCGUCAACUCUGUUACUUUAUUUGGCACUUAAUAUAGUCAUUAUUUUUUAUUUAAUAACCUCUUGAGAUGGGAGACCUUGUUUUUAUAAAGAUGAACAUGUGCUCUUUAUGACAGAAUUUGAUGAAAUCUAUAUAUAUAUAUUUUACCAAGUUACACUUCUCAAAAGGCACAGAAUUGGUGGAACAACUCUCUUAGUGUACUCCCUGCAGCACUAUGUCUCUGGCUGUGAAAGUCAGCUGUUUGGAUGACCUAGCAUGUCUAAUUUGCACCAGCCAGAUGAAAAUAUGUGGUUUAUAUCUUCAGGCACAUCUUUGUGUUAACCUUUGCAGCUUAUUCGUCACUACACCAUAUAACGUGUAAAGUAGACUAAAUCCUUUUUGUUCACAUUUAAACUGGUGUAUGUGCGCAGACACAGGUCCUCAACCCAUUGUGUAAAAUAUCUAUCCCACAGGGCCAGGACCUGGGCAUUAUGCUCUGCCACUGACCAUGACUUCACCAAGUCAACCAGCCCUGCUGACUCCUCCCGCGGCAGGAUAAGCAACAACUGUGAGUACUACAGAGGUCACGAAAGAGACCCCAAGCUUUAAACAUGACAUGCUACUCUAUUCAAGAGUCCUAAAUGGUCUAUGGAAAACUACCCACUAGUAGUUGCUCACGAAAGGAAAUAUUGAAUGUUGUAAUGCCAAUGUAAAUCCACUAGGGGGAUAACACAAAUACCUGUCAAGCUGUGAACCAGGUUACAACAGUCCAGUAUACCACUUAUCAGCCAAAUGUGACACUGUCCUUAGGAUAGUGGCAAACUUACUACAGUAUUGUAUGUCAGUUAGUUAUUCAAUUGUUUCUCUUGUUUGUUUGUGUAGUGUACGGUGUUGACGCCAGUCCUAGGCCUCAGUAUUACAUUGAUGUAAAAAUCUCCUGUUUCGGCAACACUGCAUUCUCCACACUGGGCAAAGAGAGAGGAUAAUCAAGUAAGUUCCCACCAAACUUCAGGUAAAUACACUUUUAAUUCAGAGCUGUUUCAUGUUUUAAUGUGCCUAUAACGUUGUAAUACAUAAAGUAUGACCAUGUAUUUAUUUGACGAAGGCCAAAAGCGUAUUACUAGAGGACUGCAGUCUUAGGGCCCUAUUUAUUAGAUAUGUGAAAAUGUUGAUUUUCCUGAUAGAGAUGUUAAUUACAUAAGGACCUUGUUGAGUGUGCCAGUUAAGUUUAUAAGCCACUUACAGCAGUAGGGCAACAAGAUACAGCUGGAUGUGACAGCUCAAGCCUUGCCUUCUGCUGUUAGCUGUUGCAACUAAAUUUCAUGAACACACUAAACAAAUAUGCAUGCUCUAAAUUGACAAUUAACCUAUUGCAUUCCACUUAUGAAUCUUGCUUGUUUUUAUAAAGCCAAAGCUAAAUGCAGCCGUUUCCACCAAUGGGGCUUUUACAGACUCCUGGACUUAGGGGCAUACAGCCCUGAGAAUGCUCCUCCAUGCAACAACCAGCGCAGACCCCCAUCCUAUACCAUGUGCUCCUGCACUCGCUACCGUAGCAUUGACUCAGCGUCUAACAAGUACUGUCUUCCUGCUCUAAUGUCCCCCCCGGACCCCACCAAGCCAGCCAGUGCCAGCUACACCAUCUCAGGGCACUGCAAGUCAGGGGGUCCCUCAGAGGACCUGUCCAAGACGCCAGGCUCUGGUAGAUACAACAGUACGGAUCAGUGUCUACUUCCCCAACAAUGCCACUCUGAAGCCUGGCCCUGGAACUCGUAACCCUGAGAAGGUGAUUGUCCACAAGCCCCGGGCCCCAGCAUUCUCUCUGGGCAUCAGACACAGAGUUUGUCACCCCACU